CUCACUUGCGACACGUUGGACAUUGCGACCUUAAGCUCUCCUGCGACGACCUGCAACUAAAGCGGGCGCUAGAGCUGGCGGGCCCUUGAAUGAACCCUCAUGGGCACGGCGUCCCUGAUUCGUCAUUUUGGCCGUCUGCGCCUGACUCAAAGCAGGUUGGUCUGGCGACACAGCAUGAAUCUAACGGUCAGCCGCUUCAGCAACACCCGUUUGACGCUGCUACCUAUGUUCCUCAGACCUAUCAGCAUGUUCAACAGUAUCCUGCUCAUAUACAGCAGCAUGAACUUCAACAACAUCAGCAACAUCGUCCUGUACACCAGCAACGGAGUUUUUCAGCGGCAGAGCUAGAGUUGGAGGGAUACUCUUACUAUGACGGACCAACGCCUCAGUUCAUACGCAACGAUGCGGCACAUAAUAGACAAGGCUCUUUUACGAGUGUGGGUGUAACUCACGAUCACUCAGGCAGUGGGACUGGCAAGAGACGCCACAAUGCUCCGAUGCAUCUCAAAUAUCAUCCAUAUCGGAGCACUGCACCAGGAACAGGACGGAUGCGUUCUGUGCCGCCUACACCAACAGAGACGCUGGACAAUAUGUCCCUUGGCGCUGUCUUUGAGGAGGUAGGAGGCGACUUGGCUUGUGCAACAACCGAUACCGUCAACCCUGUCGAGUUGAGCUCGAAACCAGGCAGUGGCACCUCCACAGCGAACCAUUCUCGCAGGCCGAGUGCUGUUCCUACUGCACAAGUUGAUUUAUCUGAGCAAAUACGACAAUACCAACUGCUUCAGCAGCGUGCGUCCUUUCCCUCACAACAGCAGCAAACGCUGCACCCGUCACUACAGGCGACACUGGCUGCUGAAGUACCUGCAGCGUUUGACUUCAUGAUGGACGAUGACACAGAGAUGAUGGAUGUACAGCCAGAUACAUGGAGACCAACGCAGCCUGCAAGUAUGGCUGCGCAACUGAUUCGCUCCAUGAACGAAUUGUCUGAACGGCCGCAAUCAGGUCCACCGAGGUCAGAGUAUGAUAUGGAUCUACCAGAAUCGCCACAACUCGGAUUACAGGACUGGACAUCCACCUCACAAGACUGGCACCCACUCUCAAGGCAAAUAACGCACGUUCGGUCACCGAGUGUCAUGUCCAGUGCCUCCUCCAGACGCGAUAUUCAGGAGAACUUUCUGAGUUACAGUCUGAAGGAGGCAAACGGCAUGAAUGGCUCACAAGUAGCCAACUCUGUCGCUACAGCAGGAUCUGUGCCGAGAGCUCAGCGUCGGCCAAGUGCACAAUCUCGACGCAGCACAUCCGAUGUCUCGGCACUUGUUGGGCAGUACACUGCAGCGGCUGUGGCUAAAGUCGCUGCACUACAAGAUGCUGCCGUCUUGGCAAAAGCACGACAAGACUAUGAGGUUGCUAAAGAAGACUUGUUUGCAGCGAAUGAGAACUUGUUUGAGUAUGGACCCUUUGAGGAUAUUUCAUUACAAUACGAAGUUUCUGGGAGCAGUAGUAGUGGUGGUGCUGGUACGCAGGGACAUCGACAGUCCAUUAGCAGCCUCUCUGGCUUGGCUACUUCAUCUUCUCCACACGCUGCCAUGAAGCCAGGACAAAGUACCGCUACACGUCCACAUCGUGGGUCAACGACCUUACAACUCCUCACAGAAGCAGCGUUGGCAGCGGGUGUGGAUAAUCCAGCAACAGGCUUACCCACAAAACCCGCUGUGCGUCGGGAGGAAGAAACGCUGUAUGCAGCACUCUUCCCGCCAGUCGGGGAGACUGUUUUGUAUGGACCGUAUGAUGCUGGACCUUCACCGGAAGGAGGCCGGUCAACUUCUGGUAUUUCAGGGGCUGGUGUACCACCGUCUUCAGCAGAUUCAAAUGUCACGAUCACAGCUUCUGCAACAGGCAUUGGGACUGCAGCGACGGGUGCUGCUACUGCUCGACCUGUUAUGAAUGCGCAAGGGUCUAUUCGGAUUGAGCGGUUACCGCCCAAGGCCAAGAUGCAGGAUACACCGGUUCCUCAAUUCAUUGAUGAUAUGACUGUUGCACAACUCAAAACUGAGCUGAGGAAGCGCGGGUUGAUGGCAACUGGGAAGAAGGAAGAGUUGAGAGAGCGACUCGGGGCAGUCUGGUAA